UUCACUUCUCAAAAUUCAAUGGCUCACCACUUUGUUCUACUCAUCAUGUUCAUGCUCCCAGCUUGGACCAUUUCUCAAAGGCCACCUUCACCUGAUUACUACCCUAGUUCACAAAUUGCUUCAGAAGGGUUCAGUCAAGGGUUCAGAAAUCUCUGGGGUCCUGAUCAUCAAACCGUUAACCAGGGCUCAUUAACAAUUUGGCUUGAUAAAAGCUCAGGAAGUGGAUUCAAGUCUCUUACUAUGUAUAGGUCCGGUUACUUCGGUGCCGCCAUCAAACUCCAAUCCGGUUAUACUGCAGGAGUGAUUACAUCUUUCUAUCUUUCGAACGGUGAGGAUCACCCUGGAAACCACGACGAAAUCGAUGUCGAGUUACUGGGAACGACGCCGGAUAAGCCAUAUACUUUGCAAACAAACGUGUAUAUGAGAGGAAGUGGAGAUGGAAAUCAUAUAAUAGGAAGGGAGAUGAGGUUUCAUCUCUGGUUCGACCCAACACAAGAUUUUCACCACUAUGCUAUACUCUGGAACCCCACUGAAAUCAUAUUUUAUGUGGAUGAUGUGCCAAUUAGAAGGUACCCAAGAAAAAGCGAUGCAACAUUUCCACUAAGACCUAUGUAUGUGUAUGGAUCGAUAUGGGAUGCCUCAUCCUGGGCCACAGAAGAUGGAAAAUACAAAGCCGAUUAUCGAUACCAACCGUUCAUCGGAAAGUACACCAAUUUUAAGCUAGGUGGGUGCACCACCGGUGAGCCAGCGUCGUGCCUUCCACCAACGGGCUCUGCAGCAGGCUCUACCGGACUGAGCCGUCAGCAGUACUCAGCUAUGGCGUGGGUGCAGAGGAACUACAAGGUGUAUGACUAUUGUCUCGAUCCCAAGAGAGACCAUACCCUCACACCUGAGUGCUACUAGCUAGGGACUUAUUUAUAUAUAUAUAUAUAUAUAUAUAUAUACACACACACACACACACUUGAGUCACGUAUAGACAAUUUGUUUGGGGGUGACUUGAGAUUGGUCCACACUUGCACGCCAAAAAAACGUAGUUGCAAGGGUGGUUGACCGUCCAUGCCGCCAAAGAUUUGAAUGUUGUGUUGGAAUAAGUUAGUUAUAAGUAACAUUGUCAACUAUUUGUUUUGUGUGUGAGUGUGAGAGUGUGUGAGAGUGUGUGAGAUGACCUCAAAGAAACCAAAUGGGUGUAACUAUAUAUAUACGCACCAAAUAAAGCAAAUUAUCUUUCAAAAAAAAUAAAGCAAAUUAAAAGAAGUGAUUGGCUCACCUAUGGGUGCAUUAAUUCUU